CGCUGCCGACGGAGCAUGGCGGGCCCGAGCAGCGGGGCCCGGUGGCCGCUGCUGCCGCUGCUCCUGCGCCCCCGCCCGCCGCCGCCGCGCAGCAGCCCGGGACCGCCGCGCAGGACCGGGGGCUCGGCGGCAGCGGCGGCGGGGCCGGCGCGGCUGAAGGGACCGGAGGAGCUACCGGGGCCGGGGCUGUUCCGUACUUUCGUCUGGCUGUUCCUGCGGGGCUACCUGCUGCACACGCACCGGCUGCAGGUGAUAUCCCGACGCCUUUAUGGACCUAUCUGGAAGUCAACCUUCGGACAUUAUAGGAACAUCAACAUUGGGAGCCCAGUGGUGCUGGAGCAGCUGCUCCGGCAGGAGGGCAAGUACCCCAUGCGGAGCGACAUGGCCCUGUGGAAGGAGCACCGGGACACCCGGCGCCUGCCCUACGGACCCUUCACUGAGGAAGGGGAGCGCUGGUACCGCCUGCGCCAGGUCCUCAACAAGCGGCUGCUGAAGCCCUCGGAGGCGCUGCUGUACGCGGAUGCCAUCGGGGAGGUGGUGUCAGACCUGAUGGUGCGGCUGCGGGAGGAGCGGAGCCGCAGCCCCUCCGGGGUGCUGGUGGGGGAUGUGGCCAACCUGCUCUACCGCUUUGCCCUGGAAGGCAUCUCUUAUAUCCUCUUCGAGACCCGCAUCGGGUGCCUCAAGCAGCAGGUCCCUGCUGAGACCCAGCGCUUCAUUGACUCCAUCAACCUCAUGUUCAAGAACUCCAUCUUUGCCACUGUCCUGCCCCGAUGGAGCCGCAAGGUGCUGCCCUUCUGGGACCGUUACCUGGACAGCUGGGACACCAUCUUCGCCUUUGGCAAGACAUUGAUUGACCGAAAGAUGGAGGAGCUGGAGGGGCAGGUGGAGCGUGGCAAGGAGGUGUCCGGCUACCUGAGUUACCUGCUGGCCAGUGGCAGACUCAGCCUGGAUGAGGUCUAUGGCAGCGUGGCCGAGUUGCUGCUGGCUGGUGUGGACACGACCUCCAACACGCUGUCCUGGGCUUUGUACCACCUCUCCCGGGAUCCAGACAUCCAGGAGACCCUGUACCAGGAGCUGAAAGCUGUUGUGCCUGCCGACCGGUUUCCUGCUGCUGAGGAUAUCCCCAAGUUGCCGAUGCUUCGGGCCAUUAUCAAGGAGACUCUGAGAGUCUACCCUGUGGUGCCCACCAACGCCAGGGUCUUCUAUGAGAAGGACAUUGUUAUCGGAGACUACCUCUUCCCCAAGAAUACCCUGUUUGUCCUGGCACACUACGCGAUGUCCCAUGAUGAGACCUACUUCCCCGAGCCUGAGCGGUUCCUGCCCCAGCGCUGGCUCCGGGGACACGGCUCCCCUCACCACCCCUUCAGCUCCAUCCCCUUCGGCUACGGGGUUCGUGCAUGCGUCGGACGCCGCAUCGCUGAGCUGGAAAUGCACCUGGCCCUUGCCAGGAUGAUCCAGGCAUUUGAGGUGAGGCCGGACCCCCGUGGCGUAGAAGUGACAUCUGUGUCCCGCAUUGUCCUGGUGGCUGACAAGCCCAUCAACCUGGAAUUCAUCGCUCGCCCAGGAGCCCCCUGACUGCACGUCCACCCUCCACCAAAUGGAGAUCCCCCUUACUGCCCCACAAGGAGGACAGGAAGGCAAACCCCUUCCCUGGCCAGCUUGGGCCAGGGGGCUCACAGCCCCACAGUGGGAAAGGUGGGGGGGCAUGAGAGAUUGCCCCCAAAUCACCCCUGGGCCACUAGUAGCCCCCUGCCCAAAAUCAGCAGAAGGCUUGGGGAACUGCUGUGGCUUUGACACACUGCAGGGGGGUUGUGUCCCCCCCAUCCCAUGCCCAGCUGGUCUGUGUCAGGAACCUGGGAGCUCUUUUGGGGCUGGGGAAAGGAGGGAGGGGGCUUGCAGCCAUUCAGUGUCUCCUUCGUCCUGUCCUUGUGUAGCUGCGCGUGGAUCUGUGCCUGGAGCCAGGACACCUGGGUCCUCUCUGAACAGCUGACUUUGGCCUCAGAAACUUCUCUGUGCCUCACUUUUCCCCUUGCCCCCAGGGGAGGGUUGAGUGCUGGUGGUGUUUGGGGUUUGCGCCUUUCCCAAGGGACAGAGCCAGCCCUGGUCCUGGGAAAGCACAGCAGUAACACAGCACAUUCCUCAUGAUUCCUCAUCAUGGUGCCUGUCACCACCCAGCACUGGUAUUGCAUCCCCUGGCAGAGCCAGCCAGCACAGGAGGGGUGUUUAGUUCCUGGGACUUCCCACUCUCAACCAUUAUUGCACUGAGAUGCUGAUACGGGGUCAUGGGAAUGGCAGAGCUCACUACAGGCAAAGCAGGAGGAGAAAGAUCAGCUCAGCAUCCCCUACCCCCAAGCCAGGACCAUUGCAAGGCUCACAGCUGGUAGCAGGCACAGGCAGGGGAUGCAUUGCCAUUUGCCCAGAGUCCUCAAGGGAUGGAGCAGGGGAUAUUUUUAACAGUGAACCCCUCAUGCUUUCCUUCUUCUUGGACUGAGGGAAACAGCAGGCAGAAACCUUGCUGGUACCAAAGCUUCUGUCCCUCAGUGUGUCCCCGAAGGGACCUACAUAUCACCAAGAUGAUUAAGACUCCAUGCCCUGUGUCCCCAUCCCCUUGGUUCUACCCAUAUAUGCCAAGGUACUACUCUGCCAGUGCCAAAUUUGCUGGCAAGCAGCCAGUACCCCUCCCCAGUCUGGUUCUCCCCAGAAGAGUCAUGCCCAGCUUUACCCCAGAAAGGCAAGAGGCAGUUCUUGGAUCAGGAUGUUUUGUUACAGCAA